AUGUUAAAGAAUUGUUUUGGAUGUUGUUCCCUUCGGUAUGGUGUCAGUUGUUCUGCUAUUUUUAACAUAGUAAGUAUCAAGUACCUAUAUUUUUAUUUAUUAGUGGUUACUAUUACCUGCACGGGUACAUAUUGGAGUUCACAAUGAUAUAAAUAAUACUACUGGAAAAAUUAACAGACUGCUCUCGGGAGAUAUUGGGCCACUUGGCUUAAUAUAAUUGCAAACAAUUUAAAGCAUGAUUAUUGCAGAAAAACCAUAAACUGUCGUAGGUUUAUACAACCUGAGCUCGUUCCACCUCUGCGAAGGUAGCCACUAUGUAUACUUGUUUUCGAUAUUUGAUAAUGAAUCAUAAUGACUAUAUUAGUUGUAUAUAAAAUUUGAAUUUAUCAUUAAAUUUAAAUGACCAAUAGAUUUUAGAAAACCCUGUAAUUUAAUAUCUAUAACUUUCGUUUUAGUUUUGGAAUAUUUUGGAACUGAUUAAACACGGUGUACAUCGUAACUUUGACUAUGAUAAAAAGAUUAAAAGACCUUUGAAUUCUACAACAAUAGGAUUUAACACAACAGAAUUUGAGGACAAUAUUAUGACAGAAGAAUAUGAAAUGUUUCCCGCUAUGCAUGGUUAGUAAAAAAUAAUUAAUAUCGACCCGUGACAUUAUAUAACUAUUAUUAACAUAUGGAAUUUGCCUCUCCAGGAAUAUUCNUUUUUGUAAUCUUAGUUCCGUUUUAUCAGUUAUGAACUUUUACUCAUUUCAGCACACUACUCAAAACAUCUACGCAUGGCUCAUCGUUUAUUAUGGAAAUUUAAUAUUCAUGAUAAUCCACAUGGUAUAUUAUGUAGUGAACAGAAUUAUAAUGUUUGGUUCUUUUGAAAAUUUUUUACAUGCGCACUUCUUUUACCAUGAACACGGGAUACAUUUUUUUUCGGUAUGUAUAUAUCAACAAAUUAUUGAUUAUUUAAAUCAUGUAUUUAUGUACUAACCAACUCAAAUAAUUUACACAAUAAAAAAUACCUAAUAUAUGUGUCAAAAAUAAAAUAUAUCGAUCUAAAAAAACAAAAAAAAGACUAUCAUCGAUAUUAUUUUAUUAUUAUUUUUUUUUUUUACGAAUAUUGUAAUUGAUAAAUUAUAAUAAAGAAAUAUCGUGUUUCAAUUGAAAUAUUAUUUUAUAAAUCCCAAUAUUAUAAAAUAUGAUCCAAAUAUUGUAUAUAAGUUUUAUCAACAUAUACAUUGACAUUUAUCUACUAACAAAAGUUAUGAUACAUACUAAGAAAUUAGAAAGGUAGGAUAUAUAAAAGAAUUUAAUGUAUAUCUGCAUGGAAAUAUAAAUCAUUGCUCACGAAAAGCUAUCCUGAGCGGAGUUCAGUCAUACGCAUUUUGAAAGGCGGCAAUGUUUAAUAUUUUCGUUAAAAAUUUUUUUAUUAAAAUUCUCAUAUAAAACAAACAAUACAUUAAAUUCAUUUUCUUGUUUAUCGCCAAGUACAUUUUAUAAUGAACCUCAUGUUAAAUGUUCAAAUAUUUCUGUUAGGUCUAACGGUUUUGUCCACGGAAUACCUACUGAAUACAAAUUACGUAAAUGACUCCCAAAAUUAAAAUGUCUAUAAAUAGCUUAAAUAUAACUUACAUUUUUUGACAAUUUUACGAUAUUUAAAAACGGAAAAUAUAAAUUUUCUCUCCGAAUUUUAAGUCUUUUACGAAUAUUUUUAACUAAAUCACGACAAAAUUUUAAAUAAUAUAUUUCGUACAUUUUCCUGUUUUUUCCUAAGAUUUUUCCCUAUUUAUAAUGAAAACCAAACCUCGGAAAAUCAAAAAUUACCUCUUUAAGGUACCAACAAGAUAAAAAAAAAUUCAGAACAGGUUGGAGCAAGAUUUCUUUUAUAGACAAAACAAAAAUAAGUAAUAAAUAUUGUAAACCUAAUACAUUCCUCACUGCGUUCUAAUUCUAAAACUACGAAACAUAUUAAACGUUAAUUUAAACUUAUAUUGAAUCUCGUAUAAAACAUUCUAUCAUUUUUAUUCAGCCGAACAAUUUUAUUCACAAUAAAUCGAAUUCGAAAUAAAGAAACUCGAAAAUGGCAUAUGCUUAAAAAUAGCUUACAUAAUUCAUAAUGUUUUUAAAAUUUUACCACAUUUAAAAUAGCUCAUAAAAUUUACCUAUAUAAAAAUUUUUAAAUUUAUCGUUUUAUUUUACUAUAGUACAAUUGCUUUUUGUAAUUGAUUUCUGAUAAUAAAAGCAUUUAUAGUUAGGUACUUUCAUAUUAUGAUGGUUUUGAUGGAACUUAUCUAAGUCAAUUUUGUAAUUUUUUUAUAUAAAAUAUUUAAUUAUGAAAAUACAUACUGGUGUACAUUGACUAAUUACAAUAAGUCACUGAAUACACUAAUGUUGAAAAUGUAUACACUAAUGAAAUUUAGUUUCCUAAGUCUAAUAAUUUAUUAGUAUACAAAUAAUAUAGCUAUUACAAAAAAAAAUUUAAUUUUAUACUUGUGUGUUAUAACUUUUUUUAGAAUUCCAUCUACAUAAUAAUUAUUGCUGUAGAAAUAUUUGUCACCCACUCGUAUUACAUUGCCGAAGAAAAAGCAAAAUUACAGAAGUUCGUACGAAUCAAAUGGAAUUACGUAUCCAGAGGAGAAGUUGUGUCAAAUGGAGUCAACUAUCCUUCUGCAACAAAUUUCAACGAUUUAACAUCACGCGGAACCCAAGAAAGAUCAAAAAUACCACCUUAUAUAACCAAUGUUUUACAGGAUUAG